GCAAACAAAAACUCAAACACGCCCAACACGCGUGCAUCGGUUCGGAGAACUGGAGAGGGAUUGCUCGCCUCCAACGCCCUCUGAUUGCCAAACAGCCAUAAUCCCCGCGGGGUCUUGCUCUAUACGGCUUGGGUAGAUCAACCUUGAUGAUUAAGGGCUCUAGCUUUGUCAACCACAUUAUCCCCGAGGACGUGAGUCAAUCGGAACAAAAAAACGGUCUUCGGCCCGCCGAGGAGCGAACUAAAUAACCCCGCGAAACUCAUCAAACCCGUCACUACUUGCCGAGGCAGCUGGCGUAUUUUCUCUUCCCUUUCCGAAACACUGCCUUCGUCGCAACUCUUCCGUUCCUCAGUUGACAAGCACGAACUUGCACCUUUCGUGUGGUCGCUAACCCGGUAUGCCUUCUCAAUCUGAUUCUUCCAGUCAACGGGGCGGCCACGAUGCCGUGGUACGGAUGCCUGACAGUGCUUCCAGGGCAGCGGAGAAUGAGAAGAAUGGCUCUUCGGCAGCGAGCCCUGUCAGUCAACGACCGAGCGAGCAGGUAGAGUUCAAAGAGGGCGGCUAUGGAUGGGUUGUUGUAGGCUGCGUCUUUCUCAUCAACGCUCACACUUGGGGCUUGAACUCAUCUUACGCCGUCUUCCUCGCCUACUACCUCAACUCCGGAGCGUUUCCCGGCGCAAGUCCUAUCUCACUCGCCUUCGUCGGCGGGCUGUCCUUCUCUGUCGCCCUUCUCAUCGCCCCGAUUGUCACAUUUUGCAUCCCUCGCAUCGGCACGCAACCGACUCUCGGCAUCGGCGUCGUGAUCCAAGCGGCCGCUCUCAUUGGUGCAUCGUUCACGACCCAGAUAUGGCACCUUCUGCUUUCCCAAGGCAUUGGCUUCGGCAUCGGCAUGGGAUUCACUUUCAACUCCACUGUUGGUGUCGUCCCGCAAUGGUUCGUUGUCCGCCGCUCGUUUGCGAACUCCAUCGCCACCGCCGGCUCCGGGCUGGGAGGUCUCAUCUACUCCCUCGGUUCCAACGCCAUGAUCCGUAAUAUUGGUCUGCCCUGGGCAUUCCGAAUCCUCGCCAUCUUAUCGUUCGUUGUCAAUGGCGCUUGUUGUUUGAUGAUGAAGGACCGGAACAAGGCUCUCGGCAGCGUCCAUGUCGCGUUUCAUAAGGACAUCUUCAAGAGAAUUGAAUUUUGGUUGUUUGUCGCGUGGGGCUUCUUUGGACUCUUUGGAUACGUCAUAUCCGUGUUCUCAUUGGCGGACUAUGCCCAGACAGUCGGGUUCAGUGCCAGUCAAGGGUCUAUUGUGUCGGCCAUGUUCAACCUAUCGCAAGGUAUUGGCCGCCCGGUAAUUGGUCUAGUGAGUGACCGCUUCGGCCGCAUCAACGUAGCUGGGCUGGGCACCAUCAUCGCCGGUCUCGCCACGUUCCUGCUCUGGAUUCUCGCUGCCAAACACUUUGCAGGCCUCAUUGUCUUCGCCCUCUUCGGCGCAUUCGCCGGGGUGCUCUGGCCGACGGUCGCACCGGUGGGCGCUGAGGUGGUCGGAAUGCAGCUCCUCCCAUCGGCACUUUCCAUUUUCUGGAUUAUCCUCGUUAUCCCGGCAACAUUCGCCGAACCUAUCGCUUUAACGAUCAAGGGUUCCGGGCUCAAUGCCUAUCUUCCCGUUCAGCUGUUUACGGGAUUUAUGUAUAUCGCGGCUUUCAUCUCAAUCUGGUUCUUGCGCGUAUGGAAAAUUCGGGAGCUUGAGACCUUAGCCCUCUCGGAAGAGCAGCAAGAUGACGCUCUGCGUAACAACGAUGCUGUGUCGCUGACAACUUCACGACGUACUGGGCCUAAACCUGGUAUGAUGAAGUCCCUGCUCAAGGGCAUGUUUACCAUCCAACGAGUAUAGCAGUCUGGAGAUGACAGCACUGAGAAAAGGCGUCCAUGGCCCUGAAUAUUCGGGUCUUGGCUAAUGUAAUUUAUCAAAGCUAUAUGUAGAAACUGAUCAUUCUCACACACUUGGUACAACCCUCCAAGCGCCCGGAAUGAAACUGGCCA